AUGCGCACCAGCAGCAGUACAACGAUUGCACCGAUUGGACCCUCGGCCAGUGGCACCUUUGCCUUGAGCGUGACGUCCCCCCGCGGUCAACAGCUGGUCCGAGCCGUUGUCGCCGUCCUUGGUGCAGCGGUGCUCGUGCUCGUGGCCGUUGAUACAAUAGCCAACAACUGGGCGCUAAACGACUCGAUUGGCAAUGGCCAUUGCUUUCGAACCCCGAUCGCGACCGUCAUGGACUUUUCGGGUAUCUCGGCUGCGUACGCGUUUGUGCACAAGCGGGGACUCACCGACAUCUCGCAAAUCGGCGGCUGGAUGCUCAACUUGACGCUGGCCGAGUUGGACAGUCUCGACACCAACUACAACAUCGUGUCCGCCGGUGCCUACGAAAUGCCCGCGACUUAUGACCUCUGCAGCAUUUUCCAAGGCGAGUACGACAUGAAGCUUGGUGCUGACGCAAUCAAGAUUGCUGCCGUCACCAACUCGAUCACGUUUGUGCGAGGCAGUGCGUGGAGCCACCUCUUUACAAAGGACGCGUCCGACGACCUAGCGACACCCGAUAUGGGCAGCAGCGACCUCUUGGCGCGGGGCUAUAAGCCCGCACGCAUGGCGGCCGAUUUGCGCUUGUCGGAUCCGUUCAAGAUUGCCAACACGUCUCAAACACAACACGCUGUGAUCACGUACUACCGGCUCUUUCCACGUAGCUUUUGCAGCGGGUUCACGCCCAUCGUCGAGCUCGGACAUGGCCGGUGCAACCUCACGCUGGUUUAUGACGACGCGACUGCAUCGAUGAAUGUGCAGCGCAGUGCCAACAUCGACAAGUCGAUUUACAAGCUCGGCUUUUUGCUCCCAAAAUCCGCAUUCUCGUCAUUGUCGCAGUACCUCAAGGCAAUCGCAAUCACGUUUGCUGUGUGUGGCUACCUCGGCAGUCGCAAGACGGUCCAGUGGAGCGAAGUCGACCUUGCCGUCACGGACUCGAUCUUUGCCAAAAUCUUGCGCACCAUUUCGCCGAAAUACUUUCCAUACCCGAGUUUCGCGCUGAAUUUCGACAUGUUUUGCUACAAUUCCGACGUCUUUGUCCUCGUCUUGGCGACAAGUGUCAUUCUCGACAUGGGCAAUUGGUUUGUCGCGAUCCGCAACAUGCACUUUUACAACUCGCUCUCGCCGCAAUUUGGCAUUUCGCUGCAGCUCUAUGGUCUUAGCGUCCGUCUCUUGUGGCUCACGUGUCUUUUUCUCAAGCUCCUCAAAAUCGGAUGGAGCGUCCUGAGCACGGCGUCGUACAGUGGUGAGAGUCGUCUCAUGGGCUACCUCAACUUGUCGAGCGUCACUUCCUUGUAUGUGAGCGUCGCGCUUCUCUUUUUCGUCCCGUCGUUUGUCGCGUACAACAACAGCGUCAGCAUCGAGCUCUAUCAUAGUGCCGAGAUACUCGACCCAAUCCACGUCGAUGCAUACGAUGGUUUUUUCAUUCGCUGCGUUCCCUCAAUCGUCCUCCUCCUCGUUGCUAACAUUCUUGGCAUCACGACGCUCGACCAUGUCCUUCGGUUUAAGCACUGGACGUUUUUGGCGAAAAACUCGCUCGCGCGCCAAGCCAUCUUCAACAGCAGCUCGAUCGUGUGCGGUUACCUCGACGGCAUGGUACCGGAUUCGGACGUUGGCAGCCAAGGAUCGUUGCUCAUCUGCAAGGCGCGCCGCCUCAGUACGCUGCAGUGGUUUUUCAUGAACCAUUUGCGGUGCUUUGGUCUUCCCGAGAAGGAACUCCGCGCCAAGAAAAAGAUGCUUCAAACGUCGGCAGUGACCUUGACAACAUCAAGCGAAGAAGUCAAGGGCAACGCCAAGUGCAUCGUUGCACAAGAUGGCGACGGCCAUAUUCACUUGUUGGAUGCCGGCCUAACCGAUGUGACAACGUUCGCCUACAACAUCAAGAUUCUCAAAGACGCUUCGGUCGCGAUCCAGUAG